CUCUGGACUCCAGUUGUGACAUGGCUUGUCUAAAAGAGAGGAUUCAGAAGUCUCAGGAGGAGCGUGAGAAGAGAGAGGAGCGUCUGCUGCAGACCCAGACGCUCCAACAAACAGACAUGGAAGAAGAGGAGGAGAUAAUAUGCUUUGCGGACCCAUCGCGAUUCAUCACAGACCCUAACUUCUGCUACGAGGAGUUUGCUCGUAGAGAGGAGGACCACUUCCAAGUAUUCAGAGUUCAGGACUAUUCGUGGGAGGACCACGGCUUCUCCUUAGUAAACAGAUUGUAUUCGGACAUCGGGCACCUCUUGGAUGACAGAUUCAGGAGUGUGACCACUCUCCCCUCGUUGCACAGCUCUGACCUGAAGAGGGCGAUCUGGAAUUACAUCCAUUGUGUGUUAGGAAUACGCUAUGACGAUUAUGACUACGGUGAAGUGAACCAGCUGCUGGAGCGAGAUUUAAAGCUGUACAUCAAGGCUGUGGCCUGUUUUCCGGAUGCCACCAAAACUCCAGUGUGUCCUCUGAGUUGGGCUCUGCUUAAAACUUCCGAAAGGAUACAUGUGAAUUUACUAAUCAUGGAGGCCCGGCUGCAGGCGGAGCUGCUGUACGCCUUGAGAGCCAUCACUCAGUACAUGAUUGCCUAAGUGCUUGGAGGGGCACAAAGUCAAAAUUCUUCACCGGUACCGAGAGACCCAGAGACAAGAGGAUAAAGACGCAGUGAAGUGGGAUGAGAGCACUUUGAAGGACACAGCUCUGUUGUUUUGUAGCUGUGCCUCAUGAAUAUGCUUCUCUUUUCCUCAGAGUUAAUGUAUUUAUACCAUAAUGUGCCACAGUCCCCUCAUCGCCCCUUUCUGCAGACUCCUUUGUGACGUCCUCUUGUCAAACACAUUGACUCUGAAGAUCAUGUGCAAUUAUUGACUAGCGUUGUUUUAAUUUUUACCUGUUAUGUGUUCCAGCUCAGUCUGCGAGAAACCGCUUGGGUGUAGCAGCGUGUUACAGUGGCCAAUGUCCUUUUUUAAGUUUGAUCAGUCUCCUUUACUUUCCCAAAACAUAUCUCUCUCUGUACAAGUUGAAUGAAUGUCAACGGGAGACCAGGGCUUUUGUUUUUGUUGUUUUUUUUGGACAAUCCUCGUCAGUGUUGGAGGACAGUACA